CGAUCACUGGUUCCACUUCAACAAGCAGCUUGUUUAACUGUUCUGGUUGCGUGUUGAUGUUUUUCUACUUGUGACCUGACUUAAAGCUUUCAUUCCUUUUAUAACCACUAACUUUGCCGACUCGUCUUGUUACUUCCUCAGAAACUCAACUUCCUCAAAUAGUGAUAUCAUAUCAUGGAGGACAUAUAUGCGAACGUUGAAAACGAUAUGUCUGUUAAGACAAGACCUUUAGGAAUGGAACCAGGGCCCAGGAGCUCAGAGAGAUCACGUCAUGGAGCCGUGGUCCUGGGUCUGGUUCUGCUGAGUGUUCUGCUGCUCGCUGGGCUCAUCUGCCUCGGUGUCCACUACCACGAUGCUGCUGCACAACUCUCCACCAUCAAAGCCAACGUUACUGAUUUAAUGGAGGAAAGAAACCAGCUGAAGACCAACGUCACUGAUCUGAUUGAGGAGAGAAACCAGCUGAAGACCAACGUCACUGAAAUUCAGAUGCUGCUCAAGCAGAAGAAAGCGUGUCCUGAUGGAUGGAGGAGGUUCGGCUGUUCCUGUUACCUCCUCUCCAGUCAGUCUGGACCUUGGACAGACGGCAGAGACGACUGCAGAAGCAGAGACGCACAUCUGGUGGUGAUCGACUCCAGUAAAGAGCAGCAAACCUCCACCUCCAGCUGUUCCUCCACCUGCUCUCUCCUCACUGCAGAUCAAACAUCAUUGUCCAGAUUCCUGUCUGACCUCGUCUGUCAGUCUGUUCAUCAGCAAAGCAAACAAGAAGGGACUCAAAGCUGAUCUUGGUGUCGUCCCACCUUGAACUCUUCUGUUUGACCUGGACUGCUCUGACUUACUUCUCUACCACUCCAGUCAACCUCAUCCAGUCCCACAGCUCCUCCCUCCACUCUGUCAUCACCUCCUCUACAUCCACAAAGACACAAUGCAGCUCCUUCUGACCAUCUCUGUACUUGUCCACCAACAUUCUCACAGCAGACAUGGCAGAGCCGCAGCAGCCAUAGAGACAGCACCUGAGUGGGCCACAGUGGGUCAACGCUGUACCAUGAGAACCAGGGGCAAACACUCCCCCCGGUGGGAGGGUCGGCCUGAGAGAGUGGAGCCUGAGGACCCACGGUCCGUAGGGAGCCUGACAGGAGAUGCCCCCGCGCCCAGAGUGGGACCCACCCCCAGUCUGUGGAGCAGACCCACUGACUACAUUCACCAUCACCCCUUCGAGUUCUGGCUUUAAGCUCAUCACUCUGUCUGAGACUCUUUUCAGCUCUAGAACAUGGUUCUCCCCUUCAGGAUCGCUCCCACCCCGUUUCUCUUCCUUUCCACACCGUGGUAGAACAGUUUGUAUCCUCCUCCAACACUACAGGCUUUGCUGCCCUUCCACCGCGUCUCCUGCACACAGUACAUCCACCUUCCUUCUCUCCAUCAUGUCUGCCAGCUCUCUGCCUUUCCCUGUCAUUGUGCCAACAUUAACCUCUUCUCUCUCUGACCACGAAUACUUCUGCCUCCUCUUCUUCUUCAACCAACAAUAGUCCAGUUUCCAUCGGCACCCUGUAGGUUAACAGCCUUCUUAAAUGACUCUGUCGUCUAUAUGUUGUUCUGCUUC